AUGGCCUAUGAAAAGCAUACGGCCCAGCAGAGCUUAAACGCUCUACUGUCAAAGCUGUCUGAUCCGGACCCCGACAUCCGGUAUAUGUCUCUCAACGACCUGUUAACCACCCUCGAACAGCCAAACUCUGCCUUCCUCUCUCAGGAUACACAAUCUUGCUCGAGACUGGUAGAGGGCCUGCUGAAAGCUCUCGAAGAUCAGCAUGGUGAAGUGCAAAAUCAGGCCUUGAAAUGCUUAAAACCACUUGUCGUUCGCCUUCCACUGGAAAUACUAAGUCCCUUAAUCGAUAAACUCAUUUCUAUGACGAACUCUGAGACCAUUGAUACGUCAGUUCCCAACACGGCACUGAGAAUCAUAUUAGCAGCUUUGCCCCGUCCCGACCCCGGCGCUCCUCCUACUCGAGAAUCGCAAGCAGGGUAUUUAGCCGUCUCCAAGGUUCUAAUUCCUGAACUUGUAGGGGAAGCCGGGCCAUCUAAACAGCCAUCAAAAAGGAAGGGAAUGUUGAGGAAUGAUCCGCAGAGGGGUUAUAGUAGCGAGGCCCUCGAUGUGCUGAUCGAAGUGGUAAAGAACUUUGGGCCAAUGCUGAAUGAGUCGGAACUGGCAUUUCUGGAGUCGACCGUGAUGGGUAUUGUUGAAAACGAUAAUGCAGGAACUGUAGUUAUAAAGAGAGCGUUGACUGCUGUUUCGGCUCUUCUAGCGUAUUUCGCCGAUGGGCAGCUCAGCAAAUUCGUAUCAAACUUGAUUGAGAGCUUCCGAUCACCACACUUGACAUCCACUCGCCGUCGACAUCUUAUUGCAACAAUAGGGGCAUUGGCUAGGUCCAUUCCGGCCAAAUUCGGGUCUUAUGUGAAAACUUUGGCCCCGUUUGUGCUUUCAGCUGUUAGUGAGCAAGAGUUGGACGAAAUGGAUGACGACGCCUCGGAUUUAGGGGAACACGAUCCUGUAAUGGAUGAGUUGCGUGAAACAACACUGGUGACGCUGGAGACUUUACUCGGAUCUUGUAACGCCGAAAUGCAACCUUACCUUGGGGAUUCAAUAAAUGCGGCCUUGCGGUAUCUCAAGUACGACCCCAACGUAGCUGAGGUUGAGGAUGAAGAAAUGGGCGGCACGCAGGACGAAGAGAGUGAUGAUGAUGGAACUGAAGAACCCGAUGAUGACAAUGACGACUUUGAUGAUUUCGAAGAGGAAGAAGGUUACAGUGAUAUAGAUGAUAUGAGCUGGAAGGUCCGCCGAUGCGCUGCCAAAGUUCUAUACACGAUCAUUGCAACUCAAGUGAAUGAUUCAAAAGUCUUGAGGGAAGAUUCUAUCUACGAGCAAGUCGCACCCGCUCUUCUCGCAAGGUUCACUAAGGAAAGGGAGGAAUCCGUUAAGCUUGAAGCUGUCGCCAGUAUUACUUGUCUGGUUAAGAAAUCCACCGAAAUUUCAGCUGCUGUCGACCCUGACGUCUUCUUUUCUGAUGCUUUUGGAAGAUCGAGAACGUCCAGAAAAAGGAGAAGGCAAGAUAGUGAUGCUGGUCUGUUUGAUUUAGAGUCAGAAGUCGCCUACUCGCACGCCAUGUGCUCCCCAAUUUCCAUUCCAUCAACACCAAAGACAGGUCCCCAGGCAGACAUUGCAAAACUGACUCCUAGUAUCAUUCAGAAUAUCGUCAAGUUAUGGAAACGAGCAUCUAUACCAUUGAAGCAAGCCGCGAUUGCGUUGCUGAAAAGCUUGGCUCUUGUUCGUUUUGGAGUACUUGCUGAUUUCCUACAGCAGAUUGAAGACCCGAUCGCAGACUCCUUAAAGACAUCUACAUUGUCGGGAGGGUUAUCUGUCUCUGCAGGUACAACUUCUGUCAGUGCUAGCAGCUUGCAGAUAGAAACUCUUAGUUUGGUUGCUACGAUAUCGAAAACGCAUGCUUCUAAUGCGCUUCUGCCGUUCCUCAUUGCGCUUAUCCCCGGAGUUGCUAGCUCUGUGAACGAUAAGAAUUUUAGGGUUGCAAGUGAAGCUCUUGGUGCGGUUGAGGAGAUCGCGAAAGCCUUGACACCACCGCGUGUCUCUGCUAGUGAACAUGAUCUUGGAUCACAGCUCGAAAAGCUAUUCGAUAUCAUCGUUGAUAAGAUUGCUGACAACAGCUGUGACCUGGAAGUCCGCCAGCGAGCCAUCCACGUUCUUGGUGUAUUGCUGGGCCGCACGUCCGGAGGACAGGGGACAAAAUUCAUCUCUUAUGCCCAACGAGAAACGGGGCUGUCACUGCUAGUUGACCGCCUACGAAAUGAAACUACAAGACUUGCUGCAGCUCGUGCUAUCGAUGAUAUUGCUCUAUUUGCCAAUGGUCCCGAAGACGUCACUGCACCCUGGGUCCAUGAUGUAACCUUGGAACUUGGAACCCAGCUUCGCAAAUCCGACCGUGCGUUGCGAGGCUCUUGCUUGGAUGCUCUCAAAAGUCUUGCAAUUAAUCCACAUACCCGCGCACUCUAUGACCAAAAGACGAUACAGGUUCUAGCUGGCUUCCUCCAGCCACUCCUCAAUACGGAGGAUCUGCAUCUUCUCACUCCAACUCUGGUUAUCCUAGGGAAGUUGAUUCCUGGAAAUGCGCAAGAGCUCAUCAACAAUAACAUCGUUACUGCCCUUUGCUCCGUGGUACAGGCACCUCUGGUGGGGACAGUUUUAAAAGCAUACUUACUUUUGAUUCGAGUGAUCGGGGAGCAGGGAGCAGGGGCUCUACUUAUGAAGGCUUUUUUGCGAGAUGUUGGUGUCAAUGGAGAUCCUGCUGUUGUUGGAAGAGCCAUUGGAACACUGCUUGUGUACGAAGGUCCGAAGAUUGGCGUAAAGAUGCAAGAUUUCUUGACGGAACUUCAGACAGCGCAAGAUGCUCAGCGAAAAUGCUUGGCCCUUGCCGUCCUAGGUGAAGUUGGCCUUCGAAUGGGAUCUGCCUGUCCAUUGGAACCCCAAGUUUUCAUCUCGAGUUUCAACUCUAAAUCCGACAAAGUACGAUUAUCUGCAGCCGUCGCCCUUGGGAAUUCCGGCGCGAGCAAUAUAAAAUUGUAUUUGCCUGUUAUUUUGGAAGGACUGGAGAAGUCCACUUCAUCAAAGUACCUUCUACUACAUUCUCUGAAAGAGAUCCUUCAGUACCCUGAAAGUGUGCGGCCGGACGUGGCACCGUUUGCUACGCGUCUUUGGCAAAGACUGCUCUCUGCUUCUGAUGACGAAGAUAACCGUGCUGUUGGCGCGGAAUGCAUUGGAAGACUGGCCCUUAUUGAUCCGACCUCAUAUAUCCCCUUGCUUCAGGAAUACCUUUCAAAUGAGAACCCGGCAGUCAGGGGCACAGUCAUCUCCGCCUUCCGAUAUACACUUGCCGAUUCCAGUGACUCUUACAAUGAUGUUUUGCGGCCUCUCAUCAUCCCAGUUCUGGUUACGAUGCUCAAUGACACGGACCUGGGAAAUCAUCGUCUAGCCCUAACAACGGUCAAUUCCGCUAUCCACAAUAAGACCAGCCUUGUUAUUCCACAUCUCAGCAAAAUAUUACCAGCUGUUAUCAAUGAUACCCGAAUAAAUCCCGCCCUUGUCAGAGAGGUCCAGAUGGGCCCGUUUAGACAUAAAGUCGAUGUCGGUCUGGAAGUUCGAAAAAGUGCCUAUGAGACCCUCUACGCCUGCGUAGACGUAGCCUUCGGAACCCUGAACAUAGCCGAAAUCUUUGACCGUAUCUUAGCCGGCAUCGAAGACGAGCAGGAUAUCCGCACCCUAUCUAGCCUGAUGAUAUCAAAAUUAAUCACAUUCGCACCAGAUGAAACACGCGCCCGUCUAGACGCGCUAAGCGAACCCUUCCGCACCGUAUUAUCGACAAAGCCCAAGGAGAAUGCUGUUAAGCAGGAACUUGAGAAGGCGCAGGAUGCAUCAUUGGGUGUGCUGAAGAUUUCGCGCGAAUUACAAAAGGCAUUUCCUGGCGCGGAGACGUCGGGUGAGCAUCAUGCGUGGAAGGCAUAUGUGGAGUGGAUUGGGAAGGAAUUUGCGGUUCUGAUCCGGUCGUUGGCGAAGGAUUAA